AUGCGUAGAGACUUGACGCUUCUUCUGUGCGGGGUAGGGUUCUUGGCUCUGCUUGGUUAUCGGUACGACCUGAACGCCACCGCAUUGUUGGAACGCAAAUGGUUCUUUCGUUUCAAUCGUCGUUAUUCUGAGGAGUCCCCGCUGCGUGCCAACCUCGACGACAUCAACUUGACGCUGCCCGACUCCCAGGAAUACCGGCAGGCUCGACUGAAGAGAGUCUGUCUCCGGUACCAGGAUCGUCUCAAUCGAACACGUCAUCGAGGUCGCGGAAGUAACUUUUUCCCAAAAACUCACCAGCCUCGCUUCUGUAGCACUGCAGAUUGUCCGCUACUGGUGGAUCUCAAGCACAGAUUUCUUUUCUGUUUCGUCCAAAAAGUCGCGUCGACUUCGGCUAAAGUCCUGUUCCUCCGCGAGUUCCGCACCCCUGAUCGAGCUCUCAGAAGAGACGAAGUCACCGCUUUACAUGAAGUUGCCAACGAUAAACUGCUCCGGGUAGGUCCGAUGUACUACGGUCCGAAGCAGUUGAAGACGUUUCACAAAGCCAUGUUCGUUCGUCAUCCGUUCGAGAGGUUGGUGUCCGUUUACGAAGACAAGGUGGGUCGGGAACCUUCAGAGGUCUCGUUUUUCUACGACAAAUACUUCAAGAAAUUCAACGGACGCCGGAACAUCACUGGAACGAUGAGUUUCGUGGACUUCGUCGAUUAUCUGAUCGAAACACCAAGAUUCGAAUACGAUGAGCACUGGAUGCCAUAUUUUGAGAGAUGUGAACCCUGCACUGUCGGCUACGAUUUCCUGGGGAAGCUGGAGACCGCUGAUAGCGACUUCGAAGCCAUGCUCAAAGUGAACGGACUCGACGAGCUCGAACCCCGACUGAAACACCUCAACGCACGCAACGAGUCCACCUUCGUCGAACAGUUCUUCAUACAGCUAGAACGAAACCAGAUUAUGGCCUUGUAUAGAAUAUACCGUUUCGAUUUCGAAUUAUUCGGCUACAACAUCCUCAACUACAUCGACACAUUUGAUAACGGCAUGUUUUAGUUAAUGUUGUAUCGAAUAACCAAACUUACAAGACGAGGCACAUUCCGGCCCCUCCAGUCCUCACCGCGUCUCGGUGGUCGAUUGCUCAGAGGAGUCUCCUCGUCAACUUGAAUAAGAGAUUAUAGAAUACCCUAACAAAGCUCAUCAGAUACUUGUGAUGUUGUAAAGUUUUAAGAAUACUUUUUAAUUUUUAAAAAAAUAGAUAUCCCCUCGGGCGGUCAUCGUCUCACAACGAAUGCUCGCUUAGCCGCGUGGAUAUUCAAUCGCUCGAAUAUUUCCCGGCGGGAAUCCAAUGACACAUGGAAUUUGUACUGCACGAGUAUGAAGCUUCGAUUGGGUUUUAUCGAAGAGAAUUGAUCGACCCAAUGCACGAAUUCGUAUUC